CCAUGGGGGAAGAGGGCGGCGGCCGCAGCUGUGGGACCACUAGGGAGCUGCAGAAGCUGAAGCAGCAGGCGAUGGAGUACUACCGGGAGAACGACGUUCCGCGCAGGCUGGAAGAGCUGCUUAACUCCACCUUCUACCUCCAGCCUGCCGACGUCUACGGGCACCUGGCAAACUGCUUUUCUAAACUUGCAAAGCCUCCCACCAUAUGCAAAAUAGUGGGGAAAGAAGUACUGGAUGGACUUGGGCUUCCAACCCUGCAAGUGGAAAUAUUCUGCACCAUUCAAAAUUUUCCCAAGAGCAUGUGUUCGGUGGUAAUCUCAACUCACUUUGAAGUCUAUGAGAAUGCCCUGCCCGAGCUGGCAGAUAUGGAGGAGGCAGACAGGGCCAGCGCAGUCAGCACGGCAGUGCAGUGGGUCAAUGGCACCAUCACCCACGAGUUCCAGGGUGUCGCACCCUCUGACCAGGCGUACGUGGAUUACCUGCUCAGGACAUUCUUUGCACGUAAAGUGCAAGAAGAUAAGGAGAGACAAGAAUUGGAAAAGAGCCUGGAAUCCUCAACAGUGCCUACACCUCUCCCUCCAAUACCACUGUCAGCUCCUCCACCUCCUCCCAAAAAAAAAGGGCAAAAGCAAGGGAGGAAGGAUACUGUUACAGAAAAACCUAUUAUACCUGCGGAACCUGUUGAACCUAUACUCUGUGGCAGUAUGGCCAUAGGGGCCGUGUCACUAGCUGUUGCCAAAACCAAUGCGGUGCUGAUCAAUAAACCUCUAUACUUAAAUAUUGCAUUACUGAAGCACAGUCAGGAACAGCCAACGACACUAACUAUGCCUUUGUUGAUGGUAUCUCUGGUCAGCUGUGGGAAGUCAUCACCUGGGAAGCUAAAUUUAAUGAAAGAAGUGAUUUGUAUACCCCAUCCUGAAUUAACAACCAAACAAGGCAUGCAGAUGCUUAUGGAAAUUCAGAAACAGAUUAACAAAAUAAUUGAAAUGCCAUCUCCUCCAAAAGCAGAGACAAAAAAAGGGCUUAAUGGAAGCAAAAGAGGUCAACAGCAGACCACUGGCAAGAUGUCGCAUCUUGGCUGUUUAACCAUUAACUAUGACACCAUAGAGCAGCCACUGCUUCUAAUACAGGGAAUCUGUGCAAACCUGGGAUUAGAACUGGGAACAAACCUGCAUCUAGCCAUCAAUUGUGCUGGACAUGAGUUGAUGGACUAUACUAAAGGAAAGUAUGAAGUAAUGAUGGGUACAUACAAAAAUGCAGCUGAGAUGGUUGAUCUGUAUGUGGAUCUGAUCAACAAGUACCCUUCAAUUAUUGCCUUAAUUGAUCCUUUCAGGAAAGAGGACUCUGAACAGUGGGACAACAUCUAUAAUGCACUUGGCUCCAGGUGUUACAUAAUUGCAGGAACAGCAUCCAAAAGCAUUGCUAAACUUCUAGAGCAUGGAAGCAUCAGCAUCCCCAGAGCCAGUGGGCUGAUCAUAAAACAUACCAAUCAAACCACAAUGUCUGACUUGGUGGAAAUAACCAAUCUGACUGACAGUAAGAAGUACAUCACUGUCUUAGGAAGUACAGAAGGAGAGUCGUCUGAUGACAGCCUUGUCGAUUUGGCCGUUGGGCUUGGUGUCCGGUUUAUCAAGUUGGGGGGUCUUUCUCGUGGUGAACGGGUGACUAAAUACAACCGUCUUCUUACUAUAGAGGAAGAACUUGUCCAGAAUGGAACACAGGGUUUCAAUGAGGAACACACUUUUUUUUGCUUUAAUAAAGAAGCUGAAAAUGCUGCUGAGGCACUUGACGCUGCUGCUGCUGUGGCUGGUGAACUGCUCAAGCCCCUGGAGCCCACCUCCCCCACACAAAUCGUGGAGGACUCAGCCAAAACAGGAACAUCUUCUAGAUAGGGCUAUAUAUGCUCCCAUUUACAGCCAUACUAUCAGUAUUAUUAGACUGCUAGGUUUUAGGUACGUCUCCAUAUUGGGUUUGCUCUUAAAUGUCACUAACUCAUGCUCUUUUUCUUUUAAUUUCACUGUUUGGUAAAUUACAUAUAUGGUGUUUCUGCCUGAAAUUAUAUAUGUGAACUUUGUUUUACAGCUAUCACAUUUCCGUGAAGAUUUCGUUUGUAUAACUCUACUGCCCAUUUUUCAGGGUCAUUAUCCAGUAAGAGGCCAAAUAUUUUUGUUGCCAAACUCUGUCAAACACCUCAUCCUUAAUAAAUCAGAAUAUCUCUAAAAACAAAACCUCAUGGCACUAGAAGCUCUCUGUGCCAGAAACAGGUACACAUCUUCCAUGUUUACUUUACACAUCUGUGCUGGAAAGCAUAGACACAUUUUUGUAGCAACCUUAUGCAGAAAUAUGAGAGCAUCACUGUUUUUUGUAACAGCCAAACAGCUUCAUCUUACUUUUCUGCCCUUAAUUAUUUUUUCCUGAUUUCCUUCUUUUUAAAAAUUUGUUUUUCUUGUAUGAUUUUUUUUUUAUCUUUGUGAGUCUCCUUAGAUCCUUUUUGAAAUAAGGAUAUAAAUGAAUAAGCACAUCAGUGAAUAAAUAAAUAUUCUCAAGGUUACGAAAUGCCCAGUUAUAUACUACAGCAUUUAAAAAGCAACCAGGUGAUUAAAAAGGAUGUGACAUAUAUGUUUACUGAAUUGCCUCUUUUGUAAGAGAUGUACCAGAAAUGAACAGAUUCAAGCACAUGCAUACAGAUAUAAUAAUGUCCGACAGUUUUAGAUGAUUUAGAGUCUCCAUUCAAAGGGUUACCAUUUACUUUUUCUAAAUAUUAUACAAAUUGCUACGUACUGGUCUGCAGGAGAGUUAGCUAAGUUUAGACUUCUAAUAAAUUCUAUAAAUUGUUACUAAGCACACUGAGGACCUCUCCUUUUGAAGAACACUAGCAAGGGAACUUAAUGUCCUCAUGGUAGAGCAAGCUUCUUCCUUUCAAAGCUACGAUUGGAAGUUGGCUCAGUGGCAGGCCCUCUCAGAGAAUGGAUGGAAGGCUUGGCCGGCAGUACUCUAAGUUGGGAGAACUGUGUCACUGUUUGUGGUUGCUACUGCUUUCCUGAUGCUUAGCAACAAACAAUGGGUAGGAGAAACUGGAAAGAAAAUUUAUUUUAAAGGCAAGAUGAACAUGACUGGAUGUUCAUGUAGGCUUUGCAAAUAUCCUCAGGAGCACAUGCAUGCAUGUGCGCGCGCGCGCGCACACACACACACACACGAAUUAUAUGAGAGUAUGCCCUGGAACUGUGAUAUAAAUUAUUAUUAAAUUACUGAAACCACAGGAAAAAUGUGAAACUAAUAACAAAAAAACUAAAUUAAAUGAAUCCUAAGAGGUGAUUUAUUACCUUAACCAGAUCAGCACUUAAAUUUCAACAAAGAGCAGAGUGUACACACCUAUCCUCACUUAAAAGCUGG